CAGACGUUGAGGGUGGCGCUUAUCGCUGCCCUGGCAGCUUGCGCCAUUCGUGCGCAUCGCUAAUCAUAUCGCACACCACCACUUCAAGUAUUCGCUCCUGUCGUCGCCGACGACAGCGUACAAAGCAAUGAAGGCCGACGUCGAGAAGGCAUCCCUUCUGGAGGACGCCCAAUCGAGCGAGGAACCUGCAAAGACUCGCCGUACCAUCGGACGCAGACUCACGAGGGCGGUCCUCAUAUUCUAUGCCUUCGUCACUGUGUAUGUGCUGGCAAAGAGGGUGCUCCUCAAACAACACCCUAGACUGGACAUUGAGGCCGAUACUCCCGGCUCUUGGGCGUUGAAUCUCGCGGUCAAUCCUGCGCGUCCGAGGUUGUCUGGAAAGAAAGCAGAAGAACUGUUCCUGGCGACGCCUGAACCGGCCAGCGCAUUCGCUGCGUCCCGUGCUUAUGCAACCCACCCUCACCUCGCAGGCUCGUCCGAGGACUUCGAGGAUGCCAAAGCAAUUCUCCAGCUCUUCCGGUCUCAGUUUCAUAUCCACGCUCUCCCCGGUGUGCCAGACCCUAUCUUCCCCGCGGGGUCUCGCGCCUCCCGUGCCAUGACACUCGGUAUCAACAAGCAUCGCACUCCCUAUGCGUGGAUCGACGUCUAUUACCCCGUCAUGAACACACCCAUCAGCCACAGCCUAGAGCUGUUGGAUGAAGAGGCAGGCAAAGCCGUGUGGACUGCUGAGCUGGAGGAGGACGGCGACCCGCGUGACCCUGAGGCGGCGAAGUACCGCGUUGCGGUCCCAGCAUGGCAUGGACUGAGUGCGGACGGCGAGGCCGAAGGCGAGCUUGUGUAUGUGAACUACGGACGGAAGGAGGAUUAUGACGAGGUGCUCGCAAAGGGGGGCAACUUCACCGGGAAGAUUGUGCUUGCGCGCUAUGGCGCGAUCUUCCGUGGGCUCAAAAUUCAACUCGCUCAGACGCAUGGUGCGGCUGGCGUGCUGAUCUACUCGGAUCCGCGCGAUGACGGGAGCGUGACGGUCGAGAACGGGUACGCGCCUUACCCCGAGGGGCCCGCGCGCAACCCAUCUGCGGUGCAGCGCGGCAGUGUACAAUUUAUCAGCGCAUACCCCGGUGACCCGACGACUCCCGGACGGCCAGCGUACAAGGACGUGGAGCGCGACGAGGGUACGAACAUCCCCAAGAUUCCGAGCUUGCCGAUUGGAUGGGGGAACGCGCAGAGAUUGCUGGAGGAGCUGGGCGGGACGGACGAGGGAAGAGUGAUUAAUGGAGAAGCGAGUAAACGGAAGGUAAAGCUGGUUAACCGAGUGGACAACAAGGUGACACCGAUUUGGAACACCAUGCUGGCCAUCCCAGGCCACAUCCGCAAUGAAACCGUCCUCCUUGGAUGUCAUCGUGAUGCUUGGGUCAUGGGAGGCGCUGAUCCUGUUUCUGGUACUGUCUCGCUUCAUGAGGUCAUUCGAGGGUUCGGUGCACUGUACAAGAGCGGCUGGAGACCUCUGAGGAAUAUCGUGAUUGCCAGCUGGGAUGCUGAGGAGUAUGGCCUCAUCGGAAGCACUGAGUGGGCGGAGGACUUCCCCGAGUGGAUUUCCGAAAACGUGGUGGCGUAUCUCAAUGUCGAUGUCUCCGUGUCCGGUUCUCGCUGGGGCGCCUCCGCAUCGCCCUCACUCGCGCACCUGAUACGCCAGUCUGCAAAGGACGUGCCGCACCCAACGAUUGCCGGAAAAACGCUCUGGGAUGCCAGGGAGGAUGCAGGCACAUUUGAAGGCGCAGUCGAUGAGGAGUUCCUGCAGAUUUACAAGGCGGCGCGCGCGUCUGAGACGGGUGUGAGCCCGUUGGGCUCAGGCAGUGACUAUACGCCGUUCUUGCAGAGGCUUGGGGUCGCGAGCAUGGACCAGGGCUUCGGUGGCACGCCAACGGAUGCACCCUACCACUACCACUCGAUCUACGACUCGCAAGCGUGGCAGGAGCGCUACGGGGAUCCUGGCUUCCAUCGCCAUGUUGCUGUGGCUAAGCAUAUGGGCUUAACUGCUCUCCGCAUCAUCGAUGCCGUCGUUGUGCCGUUCAACACCACGCAGUAUUCGUUGGAGCUUGACAGCUAUCUUGAUAAGGUUGAAAACAUUGCCUCUUCGCUCGCUGUCACUCCCGACUUCACGAACUUGCGUAGCUCCAUCGCCACCCUGCAAUCAGCGAGCAACGCUCUCGAUGUAGAGAAGGCCGAUGCGGAGAAGAAGUUCAAGGACGCUCUCGACAAGUUGCCCGUCAAGGAGAGUCAUUGCUCUGGCAAGAUGGACCACCCGCACCUGCCAGACUGGCUCAAGAAGAUCCUGCGCAAGAUUCAUCGCCACAGAAAGGACAACCUGCCCAAGGAUAUCGAGGACUUCAUCAAGGCUGCACAGCGCGUGGAGAAGGUAAAUGCGAAGCUGAAGGCGUUCGAGGCAGGGUUCAUCUCGGAAGAGGGUAUCAACGAGCGAGAAUGGUAUAAGCACCUGGUCGUGGCACCGGGGAAGUACCUCGGAUACGGAGCUACAACGCUGCCUGCUGUCACCGAGGCACUCACCCUCGAGAAGAACAGCACUCUGGCGGAAAUCGAGGCCAAACGAGUGUCGAAGCUUAUCGACAACCUCGCACAAACGAUUGCAGUGUGAUAUGAUAUGUGUUAUGUUAUUCAGAAUUUGGAACACACUAGAGGUACACUGAGGAAUUGUCUUGGAAAUAGAUUCUUGACGAGUUCGAGCGGUGGCAUCGUUCGAAAGGUCGUUCUCUGUGAGUGAGGGGUGGGUCCUCAGUCUGAGGUCCGUCCUCGAGUGCGCUG